CGAGCUGGGGCGAUAGCCAAGGAGCUGUAGCCUCCUUGCCACUUCUGGAGCCGGGGCGGCGGGCACGCACCCUCGGCGGCCGCAGUGCCCUCGGGGCCCGCGAUGAUGGCGGAGCAGGUGAAAUGCGCCUCGGCAGCGGGCGGCUCCGGAGCGGGCUCGGGGCCGGUGGUGAACGCCGAGCUGGAGGUGAAGAAGCUGCAGGAGCUGGUGCGCAAGCUGGAGAAGCAGAACGAGCAGCUGCGCAGCCGGGCGGCCAGCGCGGCCGCCGCCCCGCACCUGCUGCUGCUGCCACCGCCGCCGCCCUCCGCGCCGCCCCCCGCCGGGGCCUGCAGCCCGUUGGGUCCGCGGAGUCCCCCGGCCUUGGCGGCCGCUGCCACCACCCCGGGGGCUCUGGGGCUCGGGCUGGCGCUGGGCGCUGGGGGUGGCAGCAGUGGUGGCGGCUCCAGCUCUGCGUUCUCGGGGACCUACUGCCUGCCCAGCCCCGCGCCCUCCCUGCUCUGCAGCCUGGCGCAGCCCUCCGAGGCGCCCUUCGUCUACUUCAAGCCGGCGGCGGGCUUCUUCGGCGCGGGCAGCGGCGGGCCGGAGCCGGGGGGCGCGGGGACACCGCAAGGGGAAGCCACCGCGCCACCCUCACCGCCCCCCACGCUGCUGGAUGAGGUGGAACCGCUGGACCUGGAGAGCCUAGCCGCCUGGAGGGACGAGGACGACUAUACAUGGUUAUACGUUGGCUCUUCAAAGACACUCACCUCAUCAGAGAAAUCCAUGAGUCCUUUGCAGUGGUGUAGACACGUCCUAGAUAACCCGACUCCUGAGAUGGAUGCAGCCAGACGUUCCCUGUGCUUUAGACUGGAGCAAGGUUACGCCUCCAGGGGCUCCCCUCUCAGUCCGCAGUCAUCUGUUGACAGUGAGCUGAGUACUUCAGAGUUGGAGGAUGAUUCUAUCUCCAUGGGGUAUAAAUUACAGGACCUCACUGACGUGCAGAUCAUGGCUCGUCUGCAAGAAGAAAGUCUCAGGCAAGAUUAUGCUUCUACUUCAGCAUCUGUCUCGAGACAUAGUUCCAGUGUAUCAUUGAGUUCAGGAAAAAAAGGGACAUGUAGUGAUCAAGAAUACGAUCGAUACAGUCUGGAGGAUGAGGAAGAGUUUGAUCAUUUGCCGCCACCCCAGCCUCGUCUUCCAAGAUGUUCACCUUUCCAAAGAGGAAUCCCUCACUCACAGACUUUCUCCAGCAUCCGGGAUUGUAGGAGGAGCCCCAGUUCCCAGUAUUCUCCUUCAAAUAAUUACCAGCAGCAACAGUAUUAUUCUCCUCAAGCCCAAACUCCAGACCAGCAACCAAAUAGGACCAAUGCAGAUAAGCUCCGAAGAAGUAUGCCUAACCUAGCUCGGACGCCUAGUACAACUGCGGUCAGCAGCAACAUUAGUUCUCCAGUCACCGUGCGGAACAGUCAGAGUUUUGACUCCAGCCUGCAUGGGGCUGGAAGUGGAAUUUCAAGAAUACAAUCUUGUAUUCCAUCACCAGGACAGAUUCAACACAGAGUCCACAGCAUGGGACACUUCCCAGUGUCUGUCCGGCAACCCCUUAAAGCCACAGCCUAUGUGAGUCCAACUGUUCAAGGCAGCAGUAAUAUGCCUUUAUCCAACGGCAUGCAGUUAUAUUCCAGCACAGGAAUCCCCACCCCGAACAAAGCUGCAGCUUCCGGGAUCAUGGGCCGCAGUGCACUUCCAAGACCUUCCUUGGCAAUAAAUGGCGGUAACCUGCCUCGGAGCAAAAUUGCACAGCCUGUCAGAAGUUUCCUGCAGCCUCCAAAACCUCUGUCUUCACUCAGCACGCUGAGGGAUGGAAAUUGGAGAGAUGGUUGCUACUGAUGCAGUUCUAUGUACCCUUGAAGAAUGGGAAAGAAGUGAAAAUGAGGGUUGUGUUACCUAGCUGGCUGGGUAACAGUGGAUGCUGGGAUAUUCUUUCCCUUUUGCAUUUUAACUUUACUGCAUUGUUUUUCAGUGGACCAAUCACCAGAGACUAAUUAUUGCACUUAAAUAUUUACCUGAGGUACUGCAACAUUCUCAGACCCAUGGUUGCAGUAUUGUGACACUUAGAUCUAGGAAGUUUUUGUAGAACUGCUCUGUACCUGAACACUUUUUGAGAGAAUUGAGAUGUAUCAAUAAUGCUUUGCCAUAUGAGUUUUUUUUAAAUAACCUGUUCAAUUUACUUACGUGUUCUAACCAUCUUUUCAUUAUGUUCUGUAUUUUAAUACAUUGGAUAUUUCCAACUGGGUUCUAUGACAUGCUUUGAAUCUUACUUUUUUAUAGUUUACAGGAAUUUUAUUUUUUGUGCCUAUUUUCUUUUUACACCUAUGUGAACCACUAUGGAACAACUUAAAAUUUGUGCCAUAAAAAUAUUUUUGUGGUAAGGUACUAUUUUUUUAGCUCUAGGGAUAUAUCAGCAAAAAUAUACCAUACAAUUUGAGACAUAAUUUUAUGUUAAAUGAGCACAAUGUAAUCUGAAGCAUUACGAGGAGAUAGCCAGACAGCAGAGUUCAAGGUCUUGUCUUUUUCAUUGUUAAUUUAUUAUCGUACAUGCGUUUCAUAUUUAUAAUGGCAUCACAAGCUCAUUGCACUCAAAACCUGCAAUGUUUGCUACUCUACCACAAUUGAUUUUCAAUACUUUAUUACAAAGGAUGAAACUGUAACAUUUUAUUAACAAUGCUUCUGGAAAUGAAUGCAUUUUAAAGCAAAUAAAUCUUUUUGAUAGACCUUUUACAAAAUCCAUUUGCACUAAUGAAUGCUUUCUUAUGGUAUAUGACUUAAUAUUUGUUACUGUGUACACUGCUGUUUUGGAAUGUUCAGAAAUAAAGACUCUAUUUCAGCAA